AUGGGAGUUCCAAAGUUCUUUCGGUGGGUUGCGGAGCGCUGCCCGACGGUUAUUACCCCAUUUCGCAACUCCCCGCCAGCUGUCGACAACUUGUACCUCGACAUGAACGGCAUUAUUCAUAACUGCACCCACACCAACGACGUUGAUGCAACACAGAAGGCGGCAGCGGAAAAGGUGAUGAUGGAGGCAAUGUUUGCCUACUUGGAGAAACUCUUUAACGCGAUUCAGCCGCGCAAGUACUUUUUUCUGGCUGUUGACGGCGUGGCGCCGAGGGCGAAGAUGAACCAGCAGCGCCAGCGUCGCUAUCGUAGCGGCUACGAACUUAUGGUGGCCAGACAAGAGGCCCUUGCACGCGGCGACGACGUGCCUGAUGAGAAGGAUGUGUUUGACAGCAACUGUAUUACCCCUGGAACGGACUUUAUGGUGCGGGUGAGUGAGCAGUUCCAGUACUUUAUAACCAUGAAGAUCGCCUCGGAUCCGGCGUGGCAGAACUGCCAGGUUGUGUAUUCCGGCCAUGACGACCCGGGCGAGGGCGAGCACAAGAUUGUGGACUUCAUACGCCGUCGUAAGAUGCAGCCAGGGUACAGCCCCAAUGAAACCCACUGCAUGUACGGCCUUGACGCCGAUCUUGUCAUGCUCGCGCUCGCAACGCAUGAACCACACUUUCUGCUUCUGCGGGAGGUGGUGACAUUUGGGCCCGGGCAGGAGUCGCGCCGCGUCCGUGAGCAACGCGAGGAGGAUGAGGCCAAUGGAAUUAUUGCUGAUAAAUCUUACCGGAAAGCCGAUGAAUUUGUGUUACUUCACGUGAAUGUUCUGCGUGAUUACCUUGACCUGGAUGUGCGGAACAAACUUGGCGCGAAGCUUCCAGCUAGCUACGACCUGGAACGUUUUUUGGACGAUUUCGUAUUGAUGUGUUUCUUCGUCGGCAACGAUUUUUUGCCGACGAUUCCGACGCUUUCCAUCUACGAUGGUGGGCUGUUGCAGAUGCUUGACGUUUAUUGCCAAUACAUACUUGGGGAGUGCAUGUACCUCACGAACGCGGGCCAAAUUAACUGGCGUGCGGUAGAGCUAUUGCUGCAGCACAUUGGUGAACUUGAACUCUCCACCAUCAAGCGGUGUCAACAGAGGGAGGAGGAGUAUCAGCGGAAAAUGCAGCGUUAUGAUUCCACGCACGAGGUGGCCGCCGUCACAAGCGCUACAGUAGAGAAUAUACAAGAAUAUAAGGAGCGAUUUUACCGUGAGAAACAUGGAUUUGACAACGGAUGGGAUCCGCAGGGAAAAGACAUGGCGGAGUUGAAAUUACACUACGUUGAGGGCUUGUUGUGGGUGAUGGGGUAUUACUACCAAGGGCCACCGUCGUGGAAAUGGUACUUCCCGCACCACUACGCUCCUAUGGCAAGUGACUUGGUAAACCUUCCUGCCAUUGCAGAGAAGGUGGAGUUUGAUCUCAGUAAACCAUUUCUCCCCCAUCAGCAACUUCUCGCCGUACUGCCGCCCAUGUCAUACCGUUCUAUGCCACCUGCCUACUGGCCACUUAUGCUUAGUGACAAGAGUCCGCUAAAAAAAUUUUUUCCUGAGAUUUUGCAAAUUGAUCGUGAGGGCGCGCGGGCGCCGUGGGAGGGUAUUGUCCUGAUUCCAUUUAUCGACGAACGCGUAUUGCUUGCGUCGUACCAGUCUGUACAGAACAGAGUUAGUCCUGAGGAUGAAAUGCGCAAUCGCCUUGGUCCGGCCACACUGUUUGUUUUUGAUCCUGAAAUGACUCCGCAUGAUGUACCCAACACAAUGUUUGGGCCUUUACGGAAUGUUCGGGUGCGCCGGAAGGUGUUUGAAUGUUUACCGCAAGCGAAGUUUGUGCCGCGGCUCUGCCCAGGGGUUGCACUCGGCGAAAAACAGAUGGAGGGAUUCUGGACAUUGCAGUCCAAGUGGGACUCCAUCAAACUGCAGCGCGAGACGGGGGUGGUGACAGUCUUUGGCAUGCCAACGCGAAAAGAAAGCAUCAUCCUGGCACUGAAGGAUUCGAUGAAGGCUAUAAGCGUGAUAGAGGCCAUGCCGCUGGUUGGGCAGGAGGUGCUGGUUGGUUUUCCGCACUAUCGUCGUGCCCGUGUCGCGUCCAUCCGUGACAAGCGUAUAACCGCUAGUGCUGUCAUCGCGCAGGAUGGCACCUUUUGUGGCACGGAGACGAGGGAACUGAAUCGUGACGAGUCGCUAAAUUUCACAAAAGAGUGUGACACACACAUGCAGUACAUGAAGGAAAAACUUGGCAUUGCCGUGGACGGGAUUUACAUGCUCGUGUACGUUAACCUCUUUACCACCAUGCGUCUGACUCGCAAGGGUCGUAUUGUGCGGAGUUUUUCGAAAGAUGAAGUUUGCUACCCCAUGCAACUUGUGGCGCGCCUGCAGGAUGUUGACAUGAUAGAGGACCCCCGUUAUGUGGAGCGUGAUCGUGUUGAAGGGGAUAUAAGCCUCGGUACCAGAGUCGUCUUUGUCGGCCCCGAACCGAAGAACAAGAAGUCCCCGAUGCAAGUGUAUGGCAGUGCUGGUUUUGUAUUUGAAUCCACCUCGUCGAGUAGUGACAUGUACGCCGUGGCAGUGCGGGUGUACCAGGAAUCCCUGGCGAUUCCCUCCUCGUUGUUGUCAUUUGCCGCCCCAUGUAACUGGAUGGCGCUACAUGAGGUGGCAAAUGAGCUGUGUGUGGGGCCUCUUGCCCUGCGUUUGCUGAUUGGUUCACUGCGCACCACAUCGCAGUACGGCUCACGUGAGGUGGGGUUAGGCAUUGUGUUUACACGCAAUCAUCUUGCCCGAAUUGGCUAUGCGAAGCUUGUCCCACGUCAAACGAGUGCAUGGGCACCGUACAACGAAGACGUUUUUGUGCGACUCGCGCAAAAUUUAGAGCCUUCCGCCCACUACUUGGACAAUGCAGGCAAGCGCGACUUUCUCGGUCGCUCGGGUCGCACGCCGCAAUACACAACUUGGUUCUCACGUGAAGCAGUUGCACUUAUUCGUCGAUACGUGCAGGCGUUCGUGCCCCUUGUGAAGCGGCUUGAAAGCGGCACCGUUUCCCCACAAUCCCUGGAGCCGCCGCAGUUUAUGACCGGCAAAUGGCAGGAGAUGGAGGUGGAUGAUAUACUAAGCGAGAUUGAAGCAUUCAUUGAGGCGUCUGGCAUCCGUGACGUGCCACUUAUUGGGGCCAGCGAUGAUGUUUUUCCUCGCGAAUACCUGCAGGAGUUGGAAGAUGAACUUGACCGGCGGAAAGCACGCACCACAAAGGAAAUUAUACUGAACCCUGUGGUGAAACGCCACCUGUACUUUCCCCUUACACGCAGCAGCGACGGCCGCCUUACUCAGCUUCCACUGCCGCAGGAUCAGACAUUCCGUCUCGGCGCACGUGUCGUUAACUGCCGUGCAGUCGGUUGUGUCCCGUUUGGUGCGGUGGGCACAAUUGUUCGGAUACUUGCCACAAGCCACGACGCAGAGGUGGUUUACGAUGAACCCUUUACUGGAGGAAGUAACUUUGAUGGUCGAUUGCGGGAACCGCGCGGCGGGCUGUCGAAGUUGUCUUCGCUGCUUGUGCUUAGCAGACCCGGCGACGACGUCGGUGGGGCCGUGACAGAGGCAGAGCGCAACACCGCCUCCAUCCUCAAGGCCCUUGUGGAGAGGUCUCAACAGCAGCAACAGCAACAGCAACAGCAACAACAACAGCUACAGCAACAGCAACAGCAACAGCAACAGCAGAAGGUCGCAGUGCCCGUGGCGGAUGGGGGGGUGCUUAUUCCAAAACCACGCAGCGCGGCGGAGGACGCGCCAACGUCCGCUACACUGACUGGGAUGGUCUCAACUCCUGCCGCAGUCACGAUGUCUGGCGGCGCUGGCGGGAUAUGUUUGGCGGACCUCGUCGGGAAACUUAGGGCCUCGCCAGAGCAUUGCGUGGUCGCGUCAGUAACGCCACCUACACUCGCGGAGGUGCAGAAAGGCUUCCGUCCGUCCCCUGCCACAGUGAAACCCAAGUUUGCCACUGCUAUCACCAACUCUUCUGCUGCCGUGGGUAACAACAACAGGGGCGGUGACGACGGCAGAGGUUUUGCUGCCGUUACUCCGCCGCAGAUGGAGGCCUACACGGUGGCGGGUGUUCAGAAUGAGAAUGGCAAUAGUGCCGCUGUCGGCACCCGCUAUCGCAUGAAUCCCCGCGAUGGCGGCAUCUUUGAAAUUCAGGGUGGUGACAAGAAGCAAAAGACGACCCUUACUAUUCCGCGUGGAAUUGCGAGCGGCGAGUUCACCAUCCGCAGCGGCGAGGCAGUAUCGUUCUUCCGGCGGUUGCUGAAGUUGCGCCUCGCUGAAGAGCUUGGAAGGACACCCGUGCGUGAGUAG